AUGCUUGAUUGAAUGCUACGCUGAGCUGCGUCUCAUCCAACAUGGCUGGUCAGGAAGAUCCAGUGCAAAGAGAGAUUCACCAAGACUGGGCGAAUCGAGAGUAUAUAGAAGUAAUUACGAGCAGUAUCAAAAAAAUCGCCGACUUUCUUAACUCUUUCGAUAUGUCGUGUCGAUCCCGUUUGGCUACUCUCAAUGAGAAGCUGACAGCGUUGGAGAGGAGAAUUGAAUACAUUGAGGCAAGGGUGACAAAAGGAGAGACCCUGACCUAAAACUCAUAGUGGAAAUUCAUAGUAUCCUAGAGCUACCUGCCCACUCUACCACCCUGAAUUCUUGGAAUAAGUGUGAUGGAUUCCACCCUGCUUUUUCGGGCCAUGUGGACCAUUUUUAUAUUAAAUUGCUGAGUUUUGUGUUAUUUUAUCUCAUGACGCAUUUAUAAAGAAGAUGUGGGUUUGUCUUUGGCGUCAGUGAUUCAGGCAAAAUCAUUGUUACAAAAUAAAAAUAAGAUCCAUAAGUAUUGCUUUCAAAAAUGUUGUGGAGCUAAGUUAUGGAUCUGGUAUCAGCACAAUUUGUUGGCCAUUUGUGUUGAAUACAGUAUCAUUACCACAUCAGAGAUAUAUGAAAGGGGAACAUUCUUGUGUGCCAUGUUGAACAAGUAAUUGUGUAGUCAUCUUUAUCAAGGACCUGCUUGUACAGUGAACUGUUUGGUGAUGUUUCAAGAUUUAAAUACUGUAAUAAAUGAUGAACAAUGA